AUGUCUCGCUUCCAGGCGCUGCAAGAGCUUUCCCCACAUGUGAGAUUUGCACAAUUCACUGCAAACCAAACGAUCCUCGAGGCAACCAGCGAGGAACACGAGGAUCGUGUCCUGGAUCUUGACAUCAUGGAAGGAAUCCAAUGGCCAUCAUUAAUGGCAGACCUUGCACAGAGGAAUGAUGUUUCUCCGAGAAUAACUGCAAUUAUUGGAGGUCCAGAAAAAGCAGCUCUUAUACAACAUACAGGCAGAGGACUAGUAGAGUUUGCAGAAUCAGUUGGUCGAAAGUUCAGGUUUGGCCAAACGACUAUAGAGAAAGAAGAGGGCUUUGGCAAAAUUAAAGGGGACCAUACACUGAUAGCAAACUGUAUGAUCUAUCAGCUUCAUAUGACUAACAGAAACCUUUGGAUUGCGAAGAAUUUCUUGAAUGGUGUGAGUCGACCAUCCCCAACAUUGGAGGUUUUAAUUGAAGAACUCUUAAAUUUUGUUAAGGUUUCAUCUUUGUCCUUUGUAGAGUUCUUUCACGAGGCCAUCCAGCAUCACACUGCACUUUCUGAUUCACCAGUGCAUAGCUACAGAAGUGUGGGAUUUGAACUCUUUCAAAAGGAGACCAUGGGGCUUAGGAUUAUGGGUAGCGUUGGGAAUUUUCCAAUUGGGAGAGCAGAGAAAAUGUCGCGGAGGAUAACUUUUCCUUUCCAAAGGGUUCUAAACCGAUCCCCUUCCUUGAGUACCAAUGUUUCUCAAGCCAAGCUAUUGGCAGGUCUCUUGGUUGUCCUUGUUUUGAAAAUCAAGGCCUUUAACAACUGUUUCAUCGUGGAUUCCCAGACACGGAAGUCAGCAUUGAAAAAGGACAAAAGGAGCUCCUGA